AUGCCGCAACUGCAUGCCAAUCUCAGCAAGAGUAGCUCAGUGCCAUCUGUAUCCGGAGGAAUCUUGUGGGCAGACGAACUUAACAAAGUCUUUUACCUUUAUGGGGGAGAGUACCAAACGAAUCCGGAAGGAUUCAACCUGUGGGCUUACGACACCAUCAACAAUACAUGGUACACCGCUGGACCCACCAACUCCAUUCAACGGGUCGCUUGGGGCGCCGGUGUCGCCGUUCAGGAGAUCGGGGCGGGAUUCUAUCUUGGCGGUUGGUUGAAUGAAAACACAGUGCCUGGCUGGAGGGGAAUUCCCGUUGCAACGAAUGCGCUUAUCCGCUAUGAUUUCGAUACUCAGCAAUGGACAAACUCCACUGGACCAGACGAAAAUGGAAGAGCUGAGGGGAUCAUGGUCUACAUGCCCGUAUCCGACGGCGGGCUGCUUAUCUCCUUUGGAGGAGUACUCGACCCUUACAGGAAUGGGACUGUUGUGGGCGACGCGCUGUCAACCAUUCACAUCUACGACAUCCGUUCUGGUAAUUGGUAUGUGCAGACGGCAACUGGAGACAUCCCAGAAAUGCGCCGGAGCUUUUGUGGCGGAGUAACCUGGGCAGACGACAAAUCAUCCUGGAAUGUCUAUAUCUAUGGCGGUUUCGGCAUGCCAGACAACAGCACCGGAUACGACGACGUCUACAUACUCUCUAUGCCCUCAUUUACCUGGACCAAGUGGUAUCCGACUGACGCCGGGGAAGGCAAUCCCCACGGCAUGCUUUCCUGCAAUGUAGUGGAUGGCGCCCAGAUGCUCAUCAUCGGUGGCCACUUUGUGCAACACGAGAGGUGCGACGCGAUGAAUAUCUGGGGAACGCACAACUUGAACCUGGGAAAGACUGGGCCUGAGGGUGCGAAAUGGGAGGCAUAUUAUCCUAAUAUUACGGAGUACCGUGUUCCGUCAGAGGUCAUUGCUAAGAUUGGCGGGAGACCCGACGGCGGUGCUACUGUGACGGAACCAACAAGUGGCUGGGGCAAUCGUGACUUGCCCGUCUAUUUUGCCAGAAAGGAACCAAUUUUCGAUGCUCGUACUCCAACACGGCCAAUUCCCGGACCAACGGCAACAAACAAUUCAACCGCAGGGACAGGCUCCAGAUCUAACACCGCCGCCAUAGCGGGAGGCGCUGUCGGUGGCGGAGUAGCACUUAUUUUGCUCAUUGCGCUGAUUCUCUAUUGCCUGCGUCGCAAGAAGAAGUCCACGAAGCCGUCAGAGCUGCCGCCAAACACUGUACACGAGCUCGCUACGCCCGUUAUUGUAGAGCCGAAGUCAGCGUUUCCACAUGCGCAAGGUCCCGCACCACACGAUGUCCGAACAGACAGCGAAGCUUCAGCCGCCGCACCGUACGGGACGCCCUUGGGUGCUCGACCGUACUCGCCUACCCAACCCUCCCCUCACUCGCCAUACGCUUCGCAACUACAGAAUCCGUAUUCAGCCACGCCGCUAUCGCCGCUAUCGGCUCAUACGCCGCAGUAUAUAUCGCCUGUCAUGGCGCAGCCGGCCCAGUUCCAAUACGCACAGCCGUAUGACCCUACGCAGCAUCCAAGCCACCUAAUGCAUUAUCCGCCCCCUCAGCCACCCGAGCCAUCGCCGUCACCAACCACUUACACAGACAGCCAUCCGGAGUCAACUGAGCAGACGCCGGCGCACUUUUAUCCGCAGCCGUUGAAGACGAGGCAGGCGAGCAACGAGCUGCCUCUAGUUGGGGAUAGUCCUCCACCCAUGCGUGGAAGGUUCCGUGAGGAGGAUUAG